AUGUAUUAUAUACCCGUGAAUACACAUCAGGUGUACUACGUGUUUGACGAGUACCGUCCACCUACCGGGUAUUGUGUAUUGUCUGUCUACAUGCAAGGUUAAACCCAUACCAUUCAGACCAGGGCCUGUUUAUAGGAUUUUGUUGAUAACUACCAGACAAGGCGAUACAUAUUUAACGCUAUUUGCAUUGUGUUGUUAAACGGGUGUACCAGUAAAAGUAUGUUCAAGAAGCACUACUUUAAUCACACGGUAAGAUGGCAUUAAGACGACGGAAACUCCAUGCUGUGUUUGGAUAUAGCAGUAAUAAUUCUUAAGAAAUCGGAAUGGAUAACAUGGCAAGCCCUUUUAGAUAUCAACAUCAGGACAACGACAUAUUUCAGUUAAAGAACAGAUACGAUGAGCUCGGAUUUGUCGCUUCAAACUUCAAUGAAUUUUGUUGUGGACGGUUUGACGAGGAGGAGGGCCAGGAGAAAAAACUUGCGAAUACAAAGAUCUGCAAGUGUGGACAAACAAAACCUGAUCACCAGAAAUAUCAAGGAUGCAACAAGUCGACAAGAGAGUCUGUCUACUGUGGGAGAAGAUGGAGGAAUCGUCUUAGCUCCCUCAGGUAUGUUCAAGUAGCUUCCUCGGAUCAUCAGGAUAAGAUACUAGAAUAUUUUCUGAAAUAUUGGAAGAUUAAAGAUGCGGGAUUGGUUUUAUCCGUUGUGGGCGACGAGAUUCCAAUCAAACUUAUGAGAAGUUUUCAGUCUAAACUCGUUCAGUUUUCCCGUGAUGCAGAGGCAAUGGUAAUAACUUCCGGUUUAGAUGAGGGUAUAACCAAAUCAGUGAAUAUGGUGUUCAGCAAGAUGGAUCAGUCCUACAAGCAACGCAAGGUUCCUGUAAUUGGGCUAUCGCCUUGGAACCUCAUAAAAGACAAGCCAAUGCUCAUGGCUGAUCCGAAAACAUUCAAGCGCAGCACCCGCACACAGAAUAAAGCUGGUGUGGACAUCAUGACUCGGGGUAACACACGCCUGUGUCACGGCCUGGGUUACCACAUGUUUGUAGACUUUCCUCACGAUCAACACGAAUAUUACACUGAAGGCAAUGUCGGGAAAUACAUUGAAAACGUCAUGCUCUACCGUCACUGUAUAGAAAAGAAACUAAUGGAACUCAAUGAAGACGAACAUGCAGAAGAACAUAAACAGCUUUCUGCUCCAGUGGUCAUAGUUCUAGCAGGAGGAAAUGAGUCAACGUUGACAUAUAUCGACCGCGCAUUGAAAGCAAAACUGCCAGUGUUGGUGAUUAAGGGAACUGGUGGACUGGCAGGGUUUAUCGCCAACGCAAAUAAUCCGAAUACGGAAUUUGAAAGUCUAAGGGAAGACUUCUUCCAAUACAUUUCGGUCGGGAAAAAUUACACUAAAGAAGAAAAAACUCGAGUAUCCUGUCAACUGGAGCAGUUAUUAAAAAAACUCCAAAAUGAUGGUGAAGAUUGUUUUGCUGUGUGCGACCUAGAGAAGGAGGCCGAUUUCAACAACAAGAUUCUCACUGUCCUCCUCAACAGCAGCUCAGAGCACCCGAAGAGGCUGAGUAAGAUCAUGAGUCUAGCGGUUGAAUGGAACAUGUUAAAGAACGAACAAGUCCAGGAACUGCUCACAAAGCAUCUUGAUGCCUCUGAUACAGACCUGUUUCAUGAAACUCUGUUGACAGCCAUUACGACACAGGAAAAACGUUUGGACUGGAUUGAAGAACUGAUUGGGAAAGAAAUAGCAGUUGUUGAUUUCAAUAACUUCAUCAGUAAAAAUCUAGCACAGCUCUAUGAAAGGGCAUGCCAUGACUACGGAAUGACAAUAUGGGAGGACAUGGCUCCACUAUAUCUUCAUCGGGAUGAAAAGGAAAUCGACGAAGUGAAGGCCAUAUCUAAACGAACCUUCAUAGUUCGAGUGAUGAAGAACCUCUUUGACAGGUACGACGAUGACUUUGUGGCUACAGAAGCAGAGCUGCAACAGAAAAACGCUGAGGUUGCUGAGGGAAAUAUCAGGAUGUUGCUGCCAGAGCGUCUAGGCAAUUACACCUACCCCUACAAGCAUCUUCUCAUCUGGGCUGUGAUCUUUCUCAGACCAGACAUUGCCAAGUUUGCUUGGCGCAUGCUACGACAUGAGCCGUUGCAGAGCGCCAUUGCCAUGUGUCACCUAAUGGAGAUAAUGAAGUCACAGAUUGACGACAGGUUUCAGGACGAGAAGAAACAACUUGACGAAAACAAAAAGAUGUUUGAGAAGUUGGCCAUCCAGCUGCUGAGUGCUUGUAAUGUUGGGGACGAGAACCUCACACAGCUACUUUUAUGUGGCCCGUCGUCUAUGUGGGGUGGAUUGUCCGCCCUCCAAAUGGCAGCCAGCGGCAAUGUCACGAAUUUCAUGGCGGCCCAGGCAGUACAGAAGUUUAUGGAUGAUAUUUGGAAUGGUGGUGUAUUUGUCGACGUGAAACGGAUGGUCUUGUUGCAAGUCUUGCCUAUUCUUGUGGCUACCCCAGUCAUGAAAGUAAGAGUUCCAUAUAUCCUCCAGAAGACAGACGAUUUGGAUGAGAGUUAUGGAAGGAAGGGAGGAUCCUCGUUCGUCAAGCGGACGUAUCAGAAGUUUAAACUGUACUUCAAAUCGCCGAGGACAAAAUUCUUUUAUCACAAUCUGACGUAUUUCGUAUUCCUCGGAGUGUUCGUGUAUAUGGUUUUGGUAGACUUCAAGAAAGAGUACAUCACUACACUGGAGAGCGUGUGUCUAGCGUGGAUUCUCACACUGCAGUUGGAUGAAUUGUAUACUGUGGGAAUCUUUCCUACAGCAAGCUGGAGUGCGACAAUCCGUGACAUAAUCGGUCUGACGACUAUCGUGGAGUCUCUCAAUGCCCUACUGUUUGUUCUUGGGUACUGUGUCCACCAAUUAGAACCAGACCAGACCUUCACAAAGAUAGCCUACUCCAUCAAUCUCGUCAUCUUCCAACUCAAAAUCUUCAGGGCGUACGUUGUCGAUCAGACGUUAGGUCCUCAAGUCGUCAUGGUGAAGGAAAUGACGGCGUCCAUGCUGCAGUUCUUUCUGAUCCUGCUGAUUUUCAUCGUGGCAUAUGGUACGUCUAGCCAGGCCCUGCUGUACACGGAGCGACAUGCCUCCUGGGAUAUCAUCCGAGACGUCUUCUACCAACCUUACUGGAUAGUAUACGGGGAAGUUGGACUCGAUGCAAUAGAAGAUGAUCCAGAUUGUGCUGGCGAUGCUAAGUUUUGUAGGAAACAACAUGCCUUGGUGUACAUUUUCCUUGGUAUCUACAUACUGUUGUCGAAUGUUCUUCUCCUGAAUCUACUCAUUGCUAUUUUCAGUAACAUCUAUAACGUCAUAUUUGAGAAGACCGCCGCCAUAUGGCGCUACAAUAUGUACUUCCUGACCUAUGAGUACCAUUUAAAGACAGUGUUUGUGCCUCCCUUUUCUAUCAUCAUUCACAUCUUGGCUUUCCUUAAAUUUAUUUUCUGCUGCGGAUGUAGAAAAUCAACACCACGAAACGAAAUCUUUCUUACAGACAAUGAAUUCCAUCGUGUCAAUCGAAUGCAGACUGAAGAACGAAAGAACAUGUUUCAGAAAGAAUUGAAAGAAACCCAAACGUCACUAACAAUACAAAUACAGAACAUCGCUAGCAGACUUGAUAAAAUUGAGGAGUGUCUAAACUCUGACCAUGUGGAGAUGAUCGGCACUGGAAAGCUUGACAGAAACAACUCGCAACGCGCGUUAAGGGCAUCGUCACGUGCUAUCUUGUUUACCAAACUGAAACCUAAUAACAUCGCAAAAUCAAAACCUUCAAUGUCUGAAGACUUGCAAAACGAAAAUGACGAUCAAAACACGCUCGAUCAAACUGAAAAUGACAACGAAAUGGCUUUGGAAAGAAAACAAAAAAGGUUGGAAAGAAAAUCGACAAGGAAACGUGAGCGGGAAUCAAGUGAAGAACGGGAUGCACAGGAGAAAAAUCCUUCUGUACUAGAUAAACACAACAUGUGGUCAAAGUUGUCCGAGAAAAAAGACGAUUCUGCUGGGAAUCAAAAGCAACACGUACCUGAAGAAGAAAAAGAACAAGAAAGUUACAAAGAUGAAUCGGUUUAUUGGAAAAAGAAGAAUAGAAUUAAACCUGAAAAUAUUAAGCCGGAUAAACCGGACGAUGGACCCAAAAAGAAGGGAAGGAACGGUGACACACUAUUAAGCUCACUUGCAGAUGAAAUCUUAGGUACAUUUCAAUAUCUGGAGCCCGGAUGUCGGAAGAAAGGAAAGAAAUCAAAGUCUAAGGACAGAGAUAAGAAUGCAGAAGACACUUACACACAGGAUAAUGUGUUGAAUGUUUCUGACCCUACGCCAGGACUGGAAAGUUCAAAAAUGCCAAAGAAAAAAAGAAAUAAGAAACAAAACCGUAAGAUUUAUGAAUCAAGCGUAGAGAUGGAAAAGUUGACAACGACAGAAAACAAUCUUGAUAGCAAGGUGACACACUUGCAUCCAACAGACACUAGGGAAGAACACUUUAAUAGGUCAACGAUAAGACGUUCACGGAGAGUCAAUGUGAGCGGGAACGUGACAGCUUCAACUACAAAAGACAAAGACAAAGAUAGCACAAACACGUCUGCAGCGCACGGGAUAUCUCCUUAUCUGUCCUCAUCUGACAACGAAAGCAACGCCUAAGUGGUAAUUUCAAUUGUUUAAUCGUGCAUUUAACUCUGUCAUCAUUUUAAAUUCGCUCAGCUUGUUCACAUUGUGUGAACUCAUUUUCCUCUCAUUUGUAUGACAGAUGUAAGACACACACGUGGUUUUACCUAAGUUAUCUAUUUUUAAAAUUGUUCAGAUAUAUUAUAUUUGUGUUAAAAUGUAUUUUGACAGAUUUAAACGUUAUCGGAAUGCAAGACUCGGAUUGCUCCAACAUUUAUUGUUACAUUGAACAAUGAUCGACCAUUGUAAAUCUUUGUUGUUUAUAACCGAAACGUUAUACGAGACAAUAAACAUCACCGUAUACAAUUAUCCGUGUGAUAAUGGUUGCGUUGCACAACUUGCUAGAUUUCGCAAAUUAUGAAUUAGGCUGUCGUAAUCGGAAUAUUUACAAUUUCUGUUACGGGAGAAAACGGUAAGACCAUUGUACUUCUCUCAUACAUACAGAGAUAUACUAGGAAGAUUUUUAAAGGAAGACUUCCUAAUGGAUGCAGCAUUUGGUGCAUUAGAAGCUAUUGAUACAGGACACGUUUUCUUGUCUCCGGCUUUUUCAGACAAAUAAACGACUGAUUGUUUUAUAAUGUCAAACAAUGUAUGUGCCUAUAUAUCAAAAUACUGUAAUUCCUUCUUUAACAUAGUUUCAGCCAUUUGUAUCCAUCCCAUCGUGUGUUUCACCAGAUAUGUAACGUAUUAAACUUAUUACUUCUAUCAACUUAACGGGCUGUGAUACCGAAUAAGCGUUGAUAUUUUCAAAAUACAAUAUCCACAAAGGUAACAACUGCAGAGUGGCUGCACUUUAUCGGAAACAUCCUUACUGGCCCACAUCUUGAGCCGGAAACGUUACAAUGGCCCCUACUCCCCAUUCGUUCCUUAGUAGGAUCACUUAAGUUGUUUACCUCGAUGUCUCCUGAAAAGAGUGUAUUAUUUUUCGUGUCACCAGUUUUUGCUCCAGUUUUUUGUUUGCAUUGAUGCCAUAAAAUUUGGAACGUUUAAACAGCUGUAAAAGAAAUUAUUGGAAUGUAUGAGCAUAACAUCUUUUAGGAAUUUUGACAACCUUUUUCUGAAAAUCUACUUUUUUCUGCUAAUAUAAAGCAAUAACACUCAUCAUAACAUCGAAAGCGACUUUAGACCGACGUGAUCAUUUAUUAAUGUAAAAUAUAUUAUAUAUACUGUAUGAUCCCAAUAUUUACUUAUGCAUUACAUUUUCAAAACACCACUCUUACCAUUUGUCUGGAAACAGCAAAACCAAAAGGUAUCCAAGCAUUCCUGCCAAUACUAUUGUAGUAUCUUCGUCUCCGUGAUAUUUAGUCCCUUACCAGUGAAACUGGGAGACUAGGUUCACAUGGGCCUUUACACCUGGACGGCUGCAUCAGGUAACACCUACAGGUGGUCUGUCAUACAUUUAUAUGAUCAAAACCAACCGUUACUAUAAUCUUAUAUUGUUUUUGUUGCGUGUGCGUGCAUGUUUGUGAUUGUAGACCAUAUAUUUAAGGACAUAACAUGUACAUACUGAUAGUGCUCAGCGAACUAUUAUUCGUUGCUACUUUUACAAAACAUCACAAGGGAGAUAACUCUUCAAAGGUAUAACAUGUCAUGAAGUCAUUGCCCUUAAUGCGUAACUUCCAUAUGACAAUUAUUGCAAUGUAUAUAAAUAUGAAUACUUAUUUUAUAUACCGGAUCAUUGAGUACAAUAAGGUGUAUAUAUAAUCAUUUAAUCUUUAAAUUUGGAUUUGUUUGACAUUUGAACGUAGUUCAAACUCGUAUGUACGUUUUGAGUUGAACCAUUUAUAUAAUAUAAAAAUAAUGAAUGAAGUAUGGCCAUAAUGAAGUACGGCCAGAAAGAAGUAUCGUGUGGUUUCCUGUUAAUACAAUAGCCAUCACAAUUCAGUUGUUUUAAACAUAACUGCUGUGUCGUCAUUAUAUGGAAGACCUCUUCGAUGGCCGAGGGUACCUGUUUGGCUUACCAUUUUUGUUUUUUAUUUUAUAUAGAAAUAAGAAGGACGAAAUGUUAAAAAUUCACUUACCGCUUUAUUUCCAACAUUGAACCUUAUAGUAACUAUAACUAUAAGCACCAUGUUUGUACUUUGAAUAUGGGAAAACAUACCGACAUAUAAAUCACGUAUUCAUUUGAUUGAAAUCUAUGAUUAGCAACUGAUGAUUUAACACAAGCGUUUAAGAUAAAUAUAGAACUAAUAUUUACUUUUCCUGUUUUGUUUAAGAUCUCUAAACUCGCAGAAGCAGAUAGUAAACUUACAUAUACAGUAAAGACAUGUUAAUGUAAUUUUGAGGUUGUUAUAAAAGAAACCCAACUUUCGUAACAAAUAUCUUGCUUUGGCUUAUUUUAUGUAAUUUUGUAAUGCAUUUUUUUAUAGAAAAAUAAAUGACGAAAAAAUGCAUGAUAUUGGCAACACAUACAAUUUAUACCAAUAAAUACAUUUAUGUUGUACAUCGGAAUAUUAUUUGUUUUAAUCGUCUAUGUAAUGAAUAGUAGGAUGUGAAGCUGAAAGAAUCAUGGUCAUACGGUUCGAAGUAAAUCGAGUACACCCAUACUAAUUAUGUCAAGGCAAUCAGCCAAUCAGAUAUCCGGAUUAACGUCAUAUGAUAUCAACAUAAAAUUUACAAGGUGGAAGGGUUGCUCGGAAUUUCUUUGUCCCACCAUCCAACCCAUGCAAUUUUUAGCUUCACAUUCUAGGCCCGGCGUAUUCUUCUUGUGCUGGGCGUAUUCUUGUGCUCCACCUUUUUGAUAUAUAUCUAAGAUAUUGUUUAUGUUUGUAAAUAUGUUUAUGCAACAUGGUUGUUCGUCAUUUAAUAAAA